AUGCCUUUUAAGUACAGCGUCCUAAUCUUCCCCCAUCUUUUUUAUUUUCUACACAUUUUGUGCUGUUUAUGUUGUGAUCUCUCUCGUUGGAGUACCACCCCUCUAGCCUUGAUUAAUGGUAAAUCGGUACAGUUGAGAUAUUUUCGCAUUUUUUCUAUAAAUAUACUAUUAAUUUUAAUAUAA